AAUAUUAGGGGAAUGUUGCAAACGGGUGACACCCGAAUUGGUUUGGAUGGACCAACUGUCACAGCAGAAGAUGGCUUCUUAAACAAAGUGAUGAUCAGUUCGAUGGAUGUGAGGAAAGUUAUUGCUUUGAUUGGUGCAUUCUAUUGGACUAUCAUGACUGUUUUUGUUGUUCCUGGUAUUAUUACUGCAACUUUCCUUACCGUUAUGAUACCUACUCUUUGUAUCAGUGUAUCAUGGUUUAAUUGGCUUGAUCACAAGCUUUGCCGUAUGGUAAACGAUCAUUGGAGCUCAGCUGUACAAAUUGCAGGUAUCAACAUUGUGGAGUACGGCGAUGAUAUUUCACAGCUCUCUGAAAAACGGGUUUUAUUUCUUGCCAAUCAUUUGGGUCUUGCUGAUCAUUUUGUGAUUAUGUCAGCAUUACGAAACAAAGGAACUGUUGUUGAAAAGUAUCUUUGGGUUAUAUAUAAUAUAUGGAAAAUGACACCAAUGGGUGUGAUGUGGACUAUCCAUGGCAAUUACUUUGUUGACGGUGGUGCUGCAAAACGAGAUCAAAUGAUUGAGAAUUUCAAAACACAUUUGAAAAGGAAUUAUUGGAAAUACGAUCAUCGAUGGAUUAUUAUGUAUCCAGAAGGAGCAAGACUAUAUCGGAUCAAAGAAAGUAAUGCUCGAUAUGCAGCUCGUGAAGGCUACAAGGUCUUUCGGCAUUGUGCAUUACCACGUACUGGCGCUGCUCAUGCUACUAUCGAAAUAACGACUAAUGCUGAUUAUGCAGCCAUCAAGGAUACCAACGCUUCACUCGAAUAUAUUGUUGAUUGCACCUUGGGAUAUCAGAAUGGUGAUGUACCCAGUAUCGGUAACUGGUUACUCGGUGAAUUACCGAAUGGAAUUCCAAAUGUUGCUGUUCAUUACAAAAGUGUGGUGACUGAGGAACGUAGUGUUUCACGCAUUCAACGAAUUUUCAUAAUGUUUAAAUCAGCCAAUUAUCUUUGAUUUAUUAACUUCUCCUGGUGCUUGAAAUAUAUUCAGCUACAGAUUUAUCGAAUAAGGCCUGAGUGGAAAGACGAAAAUAUCCUAAAACACUGGUUGUAUGACAUCUAUGAGAAAAAAGAUGAAUUACUGGAAAAGUACUAUCAAAGUGGCAUAUUUCCAAUGGAUUCACAACAUCAUCCAACCGUUGUUCGUACUUCAAUGUCCAGGUGCUUAUUUGUUGAGGCAUUUUGGCUUUCGCUGCUUUACCUUCAUUAUACCAUAUGGAUGAAGUCAGUUGCUGGCUUAAUUUACCGAUGUUUUGUUGUUAUAUUGUUUGCCUUUUUGGGGAUGUUUUAAAUUUUUUCCAAAUGUG